UCAGUGCAAGCGGAAGUGGUACUGCCCUGAAUAGCCAGAGCAGCGAGACGGAGGACGGAGAGAAAGGCUCUCAUCGGCCCCAGAUAAAAGCAGGACUAAAAGUACAUUGCCAAUCUUGAAGAUGGACAAGAGCGAACUGGUACAGAAGGCUAAGCUGGCCGAGCAGGCUGAGCGCUAUGACGAUAUGGCGUCGGCAAUGAAGGCUGUGACGGAGCAGGGCCAUGAGCUUUCCAACGAAGAGCGCAACCUUCUCUCCGUCGCAUACAAGAACGUGGUAGGCGCCCGCCGUUCUUCCUGGCGCGUCGUCUCCAGCAUCGAGCAGAAGACGGAGGGUAAUGAGAAGAAGCAGCAGAUGUCACGCGAGUACCGUGAGAAGAUUGAGGCCGAGCUGCAGGACAUCUGCAACGAUGUGCUGGGACUUCUCGACCAGUACCUCAUUGCCAAUGCAAGCCAGGCAGAAAGUAAGGUCUUCUAUCUGAAAAUGAAAGGAGACUACUACAGAUAUUUGUCUGAAGUGGCAUCUGGAGAAUCCAAAAAGAGCACAGUUGAGAAUUCCCAGCAGGCUUACCAGGAGGCUUUUGACAUCAGCAAGAAGGAAAUGCAGCCAACGCACCCCAUCAGACUGGGGCUGGCUCUUAACUUCUCUGUGUUCUACUAUGAAAUCCUCAACUCCCCUGAGCUGGCCUGCAACUUGGCAAAGACGGCUUUUGAUGAAGCAAUUGCUGAACUUGACACCUUGAAUGAAGAUUCUUACAAAGACAGCACCUUGAUCAUGCAGCUACUAAGGGACAACCUCACUCUGUGGACAUCAGAAAACCAGGGUGAUGAAGGGGACGGUGGUGAAGGGGAGAACUAAUGUUGUUGCACUUCACUGUUAAUCCACCCUCACUCUUUAUCUUACACACGUACAGCCCAUGCGCCCCCCCCCACCACCACCAUCAGGCCCCCCUUUCUGUAUGGCGAGCAGCGAGAAUUGUACCUGACCCCACCAAUUGUGCCCCUCUCAGCUGAUUUGGAGGUGACAGGGUAGAGUUAGCAGCCUCAGUCUUUCCAUUUGUGAAUUGAAUACAUAGUCAAAUAGAAAAAGCAGAGUGCUCUCUUUAUUUGUUGUCAUUUAUGAGCCCUUUCUUCACCAGUUUAAAUUUGUUUUAAUUUUGUUUAUUCACCUAGCAGGGUGUGCAUUAUCAUUCUUUUUUUUAUUGUCAUUUUUUAGUGUACUGGCAUUUGCAGGUUUUACUCAAAGGUUAUUAAACUGGCGGUUUAUUUUCACCAAACACUGUGAUGCUUAGUUGUUUUCCUCUGCAUUUUCUAAUAUCCUUAAAUAAAAAUAACACCUGGUCUGUAAAAUGCAGAUAUACAUGGCUUGGGUAACUGUACAAUUCUGCUGUGGGCUCAUACAGAAUGGCAUAAAAGGCUGUAUUGUGACACUGACUAAUGUGCAUAUUGCUGUUUAAUAUUCAUUAUAUUCAAAAUGAAGAAAAAUUAAAAGGGACCCUAGUAAUUUUUUCCCAUUCUACAUCUUAAACAGUUUUAAACAUUCCAUCAUAGCCUAACUUUAGUUUUUCAAACUGCUGAAAGCUUUUGAACAAACUGGAACACUAUGCUAACCUGCUGCCCACAAGCAGUUAAUGUAAAGGUACUGUGACAUCAGUACAGUGAAUCUUGUUUGUUCUUAAAUCUUUUCCCCAGUUUUGCAUUAUGACUGUUCUCAGCGAAACAAAUUGUAUAUUGUAAACAUUUUUUUAGAAGUGCAUAUAAAUUUUUCUUAAUGUAAUAUUGUGAUCCUGCUUGCUAAAGAACACCUUAAAGCUGUUACUGAAAUUUUCUACGUCCGGACUUUCCUUAUUGAAGGCUAAAACUACUCAUCGUUCCAUUUCCUAAAUUGAGUUGCUUCAGACAACACAAACCUGUUGAGGGUUUGAGAAAGCAAGUCUUCAGGUGGGAUUGUGAUGAUUGGUUUAUGUUGGUAUCUGCUGGGGACUACAGUUUGGUACUCGUUUGAUACUUCACAAAUCUGCUGGGAUGUUGGGGGGAAGAAAAGCAAUGGUUUGUCUCUCAAAUAGCUGGAUGGAGAAUUAGUAGCUGUGGUCAGCUGAAGAAAUAAAACUGAUCCUGAAUUCACUCAGUGUCACAAUACUUUGCCAUCACCAUAACAUUCCACUUUUAGGUGUAGAAGUCAUCUGUCUCGGUCCAUCUCGCUGAAGACAAUGUUCCACACACUAAAGACUUUCCCCUUUAGCUGAACAAAUGGCAGUUAAUCUACGCUUGAUAAAAAUGCAGUAGUGAAUGUGGAACCGAGCCUGUCUGUAUAUCUGGUAUCUACUUGCUUUGUUUUUACUGACCAGUAUUCUGCCUAAAGUUUGCUUCUGUGACGGUUUUAUUGCCUAGCGAGCACGUGGUUGUGAAAAUUUAGAAUAGCUUAAACUUAAAGAAAAUUAAAAAAAAAAAAAAAAAAAAAAACCCGAAGUACCUGGUUAUUGACG